AGAACCAGACACAAAGCCUUUGAGGAACCUUAAUUUGAAUCAGAAUUUGAAAUAGCUGUUGUUUAUGGGUCUUGAAGCUUCUAAUUCAAAUACAACAGAAGACACAUAACAAUAAAGAUGUAAAAAUGUUAAAAAAUACUUGUGACUAGCCAUCAGGUGCCAUCUAGGAAUCCGCUGUCAAAAUAUGAUAAGGCGAAAGUCAACUUGAAUUCCGAAUCUUUAGGAAACUUUAAUAACAAAACUCAAUUCCUGGACUCUGAGAAUGGUGAGAAAGUGAGGUAAGCAUUUUCAAUGGAAUGCCUGGCUUGUCUUUGAAGCGCUGUGGUUUCGGUGCUUUUUCUGCUGGGGCAUCAUUUUCAACCACAGCCAACCAAGAUGCAACGUCAAACAUGAAAAGAAUUUCCUGCACGGGUGCUAUGGAGUUUCUGAGUAGAGCAUACAAUUGCUCACAUCUUCAUUUCUACUCAAGAGAAAGUCACACGGGCUCUUCUGUGUGUUGACGUUCAAAGUGGCUCGUAAAGUGUACAGUAGGUUUUGGCUGUCACGAUGUCCCACGACAGCAAUGUUACGACCAACGAAACCUGUGAGAUCCAUGAUGGCAACCUGUCUCCCUUUCUGCCCAUUGGCUACAUCAUCAUCUUUUGUGUGGGACUUCUCUGCAACAUCGUCACCUUCUACAUAUUUUACCUUCGCCGGCAUGCAGAUUCUUCCAUGGCCGUGUACAUGCGUCACCUAGCGAUGGCGGACACCCUCCUGGUCCUGUGUUUGCCGUUGCGCUUCUACUACCACAAUAAAGAAGGACCUUUUUAUAUAUGCAAGGUGGUGGGCAUCUUCUUUUAUAUGAACAUGUAUUCCGGCAUCCUGUUCCUCAGUCUUAUCAGCCUGGAUCGCUACCUGAAAAUCAUUAAACCCCUUUGGGUCUUCCGUAUCCAAAAGACGAGGUGGAGCCAAAUGGUGAGUUAUACCAUCUGGGUGGUCCUCAUCUUAGGAAUGUGCCCCUUCUUGGCCAGCAACAACCAGAAACAUCCGUGCAACAAGAUCUGCUUCCACUUCCACAAAAAGGGGGUUGUCGGCGGAGUUAUUAACUUGACCACCGUGGUGGUGUUUUUGUUUUUUUACCUGGCUUUUCUUUGUUUUUAUGGAAAGAUCACCAAUAAACUCAGGACUAUGUCCCUUGGAAACGGUGACCCUAAGGGACAAAAUAGAAAAAAGAAGGUCAUCAUAAAGACUUUCUUGGUGCCGGCCAUUUUCACGGUGUGCUUCGUGCCUUAUCAUAUGAUACGCAUACCGUACGUUCUGGCUCAAAUGAACGUGAUUGGAGAUCUUCAGAGCCAACAGUUGUUGCACAUCUUAAAUGAGAGCACCUUGCUUCUAUCCUCUCUUAAUAGCUGCCUAGACCCAAUUAUCUAUUAUUUCCUGUCCAGUUCAUAUAGGAAAACCAUUUUAUGUGCCAUACGGGGACAGUUUAAAAAUAUGUAUGCUUUAAACAGAAGAAGAAUCAGCAUAAACCGCUCGAUCACUGAAAUUUAGGUUAACAGCCCCUUUGAAGUCAUUUGAGACUUUGACAACUAAGGAUAAAUGAUUAAGUUAUUCAAGAAAAUAAAUUUGCUUAAUUGAUUAUAAAACUUUGAAAAAAGAAAAUCAUGUCUUGCUUAUUUGGUCACUACCCCAUUUGGGUAGUUAUCAAAUUACUUGUUGUUCUUUGUUGGUUCAAGUUUUCUGGUUGCCCUAAAAUUGUAUUAAGUUAAACCAAUUAAUUCCUCUUUGAGUUAAAUAAACUUGUUGAGUAUAAUAAUAUUUUCAAGUUGAGUUAACUAAAAAUUUUAAGCCAACUAGGUAAUUUAUUUUUUUAAGUUGAACCAACAAUGUUUUUACAAUGCAUAGUUUUUAGGUUUGGAUUACUCCAUUAUUAUUCUAAAAUGUGGAAAACAUGAUUAAUGAUCAUAAUUUUACUGGUGCUGUAUGUUUUUAAGCAUCUUCUGUGUUUCUGUAAAUGCAGAACACAUGUGUAUAUUGACUGUAGCAUUUAUUGAAUAUUUGUGUAUAUGUUUAUUGAAGCUGUAGAAGAUUAUGUUUAUGUACAUAUAAAAAUUUGUUUAUGCUGUUGCUUUUGUUGAAACAGUAUAACUAAUUCAUAGAGAUCAUAACCUUUAUUUAUGCUAGUUAAGAAUGAGACAUAUAAAAUGACCUUUGUAAAUGUCGUGGCUCUCUCAUAAAUGUCCUCGUUCUCCUGUGGUGUGAGCCUUGUUAUAUGCAUAACCCAUUUUUUGCGGUGAUGAGUUAGUUAGCCUUUAUGUGUCUUAGCCACAUUAAGCAUGUUCUUAAAACUAAGAGCAAUUUGGGGAAAACCAGGUUUAUUGAUGGUUCAAAAUGUUUUUUUUAAUUUGAAAAACAUAAGCAUUAUAACGAAUGACAAAUAAAAAUAAAAGGUGGAAUGAAACAAAGAGGGAAAAUAAUGCAAAAUACACAUAUGUCUGUGGAAACACUGGUCCACUGAUAUCAUUUUAAGCCAAGUUACUCUGAAAAAAGAGACUUUUCAACAAAGCUUAUAUAAAAUCUCUUGAAUUUUUCUUUGUUUUUAUUGAGUUGAUUUUAUUAUUUUUAUUUAUUGUUUAUUGGUUUAUGAGUUAUUAAAACAGCUGUCAUUAAAUGUUGUAUUGUAUUGUAUAAGAGAUAAUAUAUAAAAUGAUACAUAU